GGGAGCAGCAGCCAGCAGGCUGCCCCAGUGCCAGCUGGGCCUUGCAGCGCGCAGAGGGACGCGAUGGGGAUGGAGCAUCCUUAGCACCAUGCAAAAGGAUGGAGCCUGCGCGUCCAUGGAAUGGUGCUGGGCAUGGGGGGAAACGGAAAGCCUCCCCAGGAGCUGAUGACAACAGGCUUGCAGGGAGGCAGGGGAGGAGCAAGGAGAAUGGCACAGCACCCAAGAGAGGGAGAGGUGCUGAGCCAAAUGGCGAAAUCUCCAUGAAAACUCCUCUCCAGGCUGGAGGGCAUCCUGAAGCAGCAGGUCCCAGCAGAGGGGGAACAGCUGCUCCUGCAGUUGCCAACUGCUCCCUCUCCAAGAUCAUGGUCGCAAGAAAGCGCAAGGCAGUGGAAGAGGAGGAGCAGAAGGCAGAGCUGGGUCCUGCCAACAAACAAGUGAAAGUGGAGCACAAUGGGGAGAAGGCUCAGAGCCCUCAUCAGAGCAGAGGUGCUGUGCCAGCUCCAUCAGCACAGCCUGGGCCUGCCCCAGUGCCGACCGAGCGGUUCCGGACCUCAAAGCGAAGAGAAAGACGACGACGACAGAAAGAAAGGAGAGCAGAAAUGAAGAAGGCUGCUCUCAGAGCUGCUGCUGCACAUGCAGAGUUCUCCACCAUAAACAGCCUUGUGGAGAUGAUGGAGAAGCUGCAGCUGAAGGACUGAGCGGAGGAGCAUCAGCAGGCAGCGGCUUUGUGGCAGCAGCCCAACUUUCACUCUGGUUUCAAUCCAUCAAUAAACAAUUGGAGUUUUGCAUUCACAAGGAGCGCAUGGCCUGAUUUGUCCAGCAGCACCCAGUGAGCCACUGCUCCACCUCCUGGUUAUCCCACCACCUCCUGGUUAUCCCACCACCUCCUCGUUAUUCCACUGGCGGCGCUGGGUCAGAACUCCCACAGCUCCAUCAGGGAAUGCUGCAGGGUACAGAAGCAAUGGACGCACCAAUCCUGGGCCCUGCCCACACUGUCUGAGCAGUUAGAGAGCAGCUCCAUAGAGCCGUCUGACUUUCUCGGGGCAGCACUGAGCAAAGUGAGCGUGUGCCCCUCAGCCUGCAGGCGUCUCUGCUGGGGGAAGAGAGGCUCCGCUGGCUGCCUGAUCCCGGAAGGCAGAGGUGUUCUCCUGACUUCUCUGCAGUGCUGCCUUCCUUCAUCGUCCCCCCUUCCUUCAGAUAUUUUGAUGCUGCUUUUCACCCUUUUGGGCAGAGCUUGAGUGACUCUCAUCAUUGCAUAGCUUUGUAUUGAGCGGUGUGGAAUUUUCUGGCUUUGUUUGUAAAAGCCUAGGCUGAAAACCACAGUGUGCGUGCUAAAUGGGAGUCCUAGCACUCUGGAAGUGGAUAACUGUUGGGAUGGAGCUGCUUUUGGUUUUCUAAUGAGUGUAUAACGAGCAAAGUUUGCCAACAGGAUCGUGUUUUCUCAACGAAUGACUAGGAGCGAUAUGCAGAGGAAGAUGGCAGUUGGCAGAUGGUGCCUGGCAAGAGCUGUUGUUUGUGUCCUGCAGCCGGGAAUGCUCCACGCCGAGGGGUGCGGGCUGUGAGAGGAACAUGUCUGUGGAAGCAUGGCCGUUCCUCCCGUCUGAUGGGGCAGAAGGCAGGGACAGGAGAGGAAAGCUGAACAGAUCUGCAUUUUCGUCACGGCUCUUACUGUGUGGGAAAUGAGCUGUGCCACUGUGCUUCUUUGUGCUGGCUAGUUCUGGAGCUGUGCCUUCAACUUGAUGCUCAGCUGUUCCUGUGUGCAAUGCUCCACACUCGGACCCUGCAGAGCCCAGAGGCCUCCUUGGCUGCUGUCACUCACCUGGAGCUUGCAGGGUGCUGUGCGUGCUGUAUGGAGCUGCUUCCAGCUGUCAUUUGCAAGACCCUGCUUUGAUCUCCAACCAAGCCUGUUGUGCUGUGGAGAGCAGUGGAAGCUGUUGAGUUGCAUGACCAAGGGGUGCAGCCUGGUUCCCCCCUCCCUAAGGGGGAGGCUCAUUGAAGGGCUGGCUGCCUGCAGGGAAGGAGCUCUGCUUUUUUGUGUGCCCUGUUCCUCAGAAUGGGGUAAGCAGUUCUGUGGAGAUUUACUAGGUUGAGUCCUUUGUGUUUCUCAGGUAACUUCAAGCUGUGUCUGCUCUUGCCUCUGUUUGCAGUUGCCACGCCUCUGGCCUUGGCCCCCACAGAAGCCCCUCCUGGUUGUCAGUGGCAGCUGUUACCUGUGCAGUGCCAGCAGUCUGUAGAAAUGGCAGCACUUGGGAGGAUGACACAGUUUGCCUGAUGUUAUGCUUUAUGGAUGUGGUCAGGUGAGAAAGCGCUGUGCUUCGUGGCACAAAUUCCUUGGCCAAAGGACGCUUUGGAGCAGAGGUUUGCUGUCAGGAGGCCUGAAAGCAUCGAAGGAAAUGCUGCUGUGCACUGGGCCCAGAGACAUCAGCUCCCAGCACGUCAGUGAGUGCGGACGCCUGCAGCCUCUGUGUCUGUCGGGGAUUGCUCCAAGGGCUCUGUAGGCAGCUGUCCGUGGCUGUUUUGCUUUGUUAGGGCAUGGGCACAGAUGACAACACACUGAUGGUGUCCUGCUCGGAAAUGGAUGCGCUGGAUGGCAGAGGAGGAUUCUGAGCCAAGUAUGGGAUCAUCUUUGUUCCUUCGUGAAGGUGAGUUUUGAAAAGUGAAACACUUGAAGCUGGAUUUGCAGGGUGCCUGGAAGGAGGUGACUCUCGCUUGGUAUCAGUUGGGUAUUUCAGAGCAGCUGAGAUUAAGGGGACGUCACAAAUAAUGUUCUGAGAAUGUUCCUGACCGUUCUUAGUUGUUAAAUUGUCUAAAAGAAUGCAAGCAGUGCACAAAAACAAAAGCAGAACAACCACGGCAUGUCCUGCAAAGAAUCCAGCUUUAAUAGAGACUGACAGUUACUAACGUUCCCUUUUCUUCUUCUGUCAGUGACUGAAUUUGCUCUCACCUCUUCUCUCUGCACGUGACUUCCCACUUCUUCUAUCUUUAGUUCUUCUUCGGUUGAACUUCUCUCUUGUCUAUUUCUCCUCCUUUCUACCUUUGCAAUCCCUUCCCUGAAACCCCUUCCCUCCCUUCUCUUUUCUGUCUUUUCUAACUUCUCCUCUCUGCUGCCUUCCUCUCUAUUUUUUUUCCUGUACUUUUCUUUCUUUUCUCUGCACCGUUAUUUCUCCUCUUCCUCCUUCUGCACUUCCUGCUCCUCUGUUCCCUCCUCUCAGUUCUCCCCUGCCUGUUCCUGCUCUUUUCCUAUUCUCCUCCUCACUCCUCUGCCCUGUUUCUGCAUUAUUUCAUCCUCCUGCAGCAGCGGCUCAUCUGCUCUGCAGUUCUCUCUUUGUGCUGUCCUCUGCUCUUUGAGUAAUUCUUCCCUCUGUCCUUGCUCCUCUUCAGCUGGCUAUGAAUUCUCCACAUCAUGGCUCCUAUUGGGCUAUUUUUUCUUCUCCGUAUUCUCACUCUUCCUUCAUCUGCACUCCUCUUCUGCCGUUCUUUUUUUCGCUCUAUCCUCUCUCCUCUUUCUUCUGCAUUCUUCCUCUGCUUCUCCAGUUCUUCAUUCCCUGCCUCCUCACUCCUCUUUCCUCUGCAUCAACACUGCUCUUCUGUUGGACUUUUUUCCUUUUUCCCUACUUCUCGUUCUUCUGUAUCUGCACUCCUCUUCAGCUGUUCUUUUUUCAUUCUGUCCUCACUCCAUUCUUCUGCAUCUCCCCACGUCUUCUGAUCUUCUUUGCAGUCUCCUCACUUGUUUUUCAUCUGCAUCUGCACUCUUCUCCCAUUCAUUUUUCUGUGCUUCCUCCCUGUUCUUUCUUCUGCAUCUGAACUCCUCUUCUGCUAUUCUUUCUUCCUGCUCAUCUUGCUUCCCUGUAGAAUCAUUCCUUUUUCUUCUGCAUCUGUCUCUGCACUCUUCUGUUUUCUUCUCUUUUCUCUCUUUCUCCAUUUGCACUCUUCUGCUGCUUUUUUUUCCCCUGCCUUUUCUCUCUGUCAUUUGCAUCUGCACUACUCUUCUGCUGGAUUUUCUUCCCUCUAUCCUCACUUGUGCAUCUGCACUCUCCUAAGGCUGAUCCUUCUGCCUUGUAUUCUCACUGCUCUUUCCUCUGCAUUCUCACUCUCCUGUUUGUUUUUUUUUCCCUUGCAUCCUCCCUCCUCUUCUGCUGUUCUUCCUUCCUUGUUUCCUCACUCCUCUUCUGCAUAUGCACUCCACAUGUGCUGUUCAUUCUUCUCUGUAUCCUCACUGCUUUGUAUUCUGCAUCUGCUCUCCUCUUCUGCUGUUCUUUCCUUCCCUGUAUCCUCACACAUCUUCCUUCUCUGUUUGCUCUCCACUUUGCUGGAGGCUGUUCUUUCCUCCUUUAAUCCUCACUCUUUCAUUUGCUGCUCUACUCCUCCUGUUCUGUCUUCUAUUUAUCCUCACUCAUUUUAUUCUUCUGCAUUCACGCUCCCUUUCUGCAGUUCUUCCUUCCCCGAAUCCUCAGUCCUCUUUCUUUUGCUGCUUUGUUUUCCAGUUUCUCACUGCUCUUUACUCUGCAUCUGCAGUCAUCAUUUUCUCAUACUUCUUCCCUGUCUUCUCUCCUGUCUUCUCCAUCUGCACUCUUUUUCUGCUUUCCUUUCUUCCCCCCUUCCUCUUUCUUCUGCAUCUGAACCCCAUUUCUGCUCUUCCUUCCUUCUCUCUCUCCACUCUCCUCUUUCUUCUGCGUCUGUUCUCUUCUGCUGUCCUUUCUCCCCUGUAACCUCACUUCUCAUUUUUCUGCAUCACUCUCAUCAUCUUUCAUCCCUGACUUCUCACUUCUCAUUCACCUGCAGCUGCAGUCCUCUUCUGCUCUCCUUUCCUCCUUGUAUCCUCACUUGCCUUUUUUUCUGCAUCUGCACUCCCCUUCGGCUUUGCUUUCUUUAUCCUAUCCUCUCUCCCGUUUUGUCUGCAUCUGCCCACCACUUCUGAUCUUUCUUACUGCUUCUCCUCACUGCUCUUUCACCUGCAUCUUCACUCCUCUUCUGCUGUUUAUUGUUGUGCCCUCGCUCCUCUUUCUUCUCCACCCGCAUUUCUCUUCUACUGUUUUUCCCCUGCAUCCUCACUCCUUUGUUGUCUACAUCAGCUUUACACUCCUGCUUUUCUUUCUCCCCUAUAUCCUCGCUGCU